ACACAGAGCUGGGAAAUGUGGCUGGACAGAGGGGACUCAGUGAGUGCAGGACAGCAGACGCUGUGCAUACUUGAUGCAGAGGAGCUCACCUCAUCCUCAUCACAGCGGCCCUUUGAGAUGCUUCAAAGCCUUAUCAAAAAUGUUUGGGUCCCCAUGAAGCCCUACUAUACCCAAGUUUACCAGGAGAUUUGGGCAGGAAUGGGGUUGAUGGGCUUCAUCGUUUAUAAAAUCAGGAGUGCUGACAAAAGAAGUAAAGCUUUGAAAGCUUCGAGUCCUGUGCCUGCGCAUGGUCAUCAUUAACCAGCUUUACUUGGAGUGCGCAUCAGAUGGAAUGUCAGUCUGGCUGUAAAUUUCAACAAGCUAUGUUAGAUGAACACAUGGAACAUCGCUGUACACUUAUAGGAGUGCCGAUUCCUCAAGGCCUGAAUAAAUGUACCUGUGAGAUGCACCCCUGCCUGCCCUGGGGUUCCCCCGGCUCCUCUGCGUGUGCGUCAUACCCUGAGUAGAGCUCUGUAGUGCAGCGGGUGCAGUCAGGUCUCACAGCCGUCCACCCUCAGGAAACCUGAGGAACUGAAGGAUAAAUAUCUCGAUUGCCGUGGCAGUUGGGGUCAGAUCCAGGCACUCAAACUUCUGAUGUUCAAUAAAUAGUUGUUAAACAGGU